AUGGCCAAACACACCCUCUCUACAUUAGAGGCAUUCCUGAUUUUCCUCCUCGUGAUGAUGACUGCUGUGACGGUAGCCCUCCUCAGCCUCUUGUUUAUUACCAGUGGGACCAUUGAAAAUCAUAAAGAUUCAGGUGUUCCGGUCACCCAGAGCCCCCCAACCAUGCCGGGCUCCACGGCCACUCAAGGCUCGACGCUCACACAUGGCUCCACAGCCACCCAGGGACCUCCGGUGACCACCACCCCAGAGCCUCCUCUAUUUCAGAACUUCAGUGGCUACCAUAUUGGUGUUGGGCGAGCUGACUGCACAGGACAAGUAGCAGAUAUCAGUUUGAUGGGCUACAGCAAAACUGGCCAGAAUGCACGGGGCAUCCUCACCAGGCUGUACAGCCGUGCUUUCAUCAUGGCGGAACCAGAUGGGUCCAAUCGAGUGGCGUUUGUCAGCAUCGACAUAGGCAUGGUAUCCCAACGACUCAGGCUAGAGGUCCUGAACAGACUGCAGAGUAAAUAUGGCUCCCUGUACAGACAAGACAACGUCAUCCUGAGUGGCACUCAUACACACUCGGGGCCAGGAGGGUAUUUCCAGUAUACUGUGUUUGUAAUCGCCAGUGAAGGAUUUAGCAAUCGCACCUUUGAGUACAUGGUCACUGGCAUCGUGAAGAGCAUUGAGAUGGCGCACAAAAAUAUGAAACCAGGCAAAAUCUUUAUCAACAAAGGAAACGUGGAAGGUGUACAGAUCAACCGAAGCCCCUCUUCUUACCUUUGGAAUCCUCCGUCAGAGCGAGCCAGGUAUUCUUCAAAUACUGACAAAGAAAUGAUCAUCCUAAAAAUGGUAGAUUUGAAUGGAGUUGACCUGGGCCUUAUCAGCUGGUUUGCCAUCCACCCCGUCAGCAUGAACAAUACCAAUCACCUUGUCAAUAGUGACAACAUGGGCUAUGCAUCUUACCUUUUUGAGCAAGAGAAGAACAAAGGAUACCUACCUGGACAGGGACCCUAUGUAGCAGCCUUUGCUUCAUCAAACCUCGGAGACGUGUCCCCCAAUAUUCUUGGCCCGCAUUGUGUCAACACAGGAGACUCUUGUGAUAACGCCAAUAGCUCUUGUCCCAUCGGUGGGUCUAGCAUGUGCAUCGCUACGGGACCCGGACACGACAUGUUCAACAGCACUCAGAUUAUCGGAGGGAUCAUAUACCAGAGAGCAAAGGAACUGUAUGCCUCGGCCUCCCAGGAGCUGACGGGACCACUGGCCGCGGCCCAUCAGUGGGUGAAUAUGUCCGACGUCACCGUCUGGCUCAACUCCACCCACACAGCCCAAACCUGUAAACCUGCCCUGGGCUACAGUUUCGCAGCCGGCACAAUCGACGGGUUCGGGAGCCUCAACUUCACGCAGGGGACAACAGUAGGGGAUCCAUUCUGGGACACUCUUCGGGAUCAACUCCUGGGCAAGCCAUCUGAAGAAAUCAAAAGGUGUCAUAAACCAAAGCCAAUCCUUCUUCACACUGGAGAGCUGACAAAACCGCACCCAUGGCACCCAGACAUCGUUGAUGUUCAGAUGAUCACCGUUGGGUCCUUGGCCAUAAUUGCCAUCCCUGGGGAAUUUACGUUGCAAAUUCCUGGUGGGGGAAAGGCUCAGCGAUACGAGGCAGCUUCUACAAUUUAUGGACCACAUACCCUGUCUGCUUACAUCCAGCUCUUCAGAGCCCUUGCUAAGGCCAUUGCUACGGACACGGUAGCCAACCUGAGCAGAGGUCCAGAGCCUCCAUAUUUCAAACAACUGAUAGCCUCAUUAAUUCCCAAUAUUGUGGAUAGAGCACCACUAGGCAGAAAUUUUGGGGAUGUUCUGCAGCCCGCGAAACCUACAUACAGAGUGGGAGAAGUUGCCGAAGUGAUAUUUGUAGGCGCUAACCCAAAGAAUUCAGCAGAAAACCAGACCCAUCAGACCUUCCUCACUGUUGAGAAAUACGAGGCCACAUCAGCAACAUGGCGGAUAGUACAUAACGACGCCUCCUGGGAGACACGUUUCUAUUGGCACAAGGGAUUGCUGGGUCACAGCAAUGCGACGAUACAAUGGCAUAUUCCGGGUACUGCCCAGCCUGGAAUCUACAGAAUGAGAUACUUCGGACACCAUCGGAAACAGGACUUUCUCAAGCCGGCCAUCAUACUUCCAUUUGAAAGCACUUCCUCCGCCUUUGAAGUUGUAACUAGUUAA